AUGGAACCCGAUCGCAAACGGAAACGGCUGUACCCAUGCUUGGGCAAGCAUAUGCCCAAGCUGUCCUCCUCGUCCCCGUCCCCGUCCUCGUCGCCGGUGCCGGUAGCUAGCCAGGACAGUGAAAUAAUCAUUUCAAGCGAAUCACCGCCCAGGGAGACCCCCGAAGAAAUGGCCGUCUCCACGGAAGCCAGCGACGAUCCCCGCCCGACGACCAGUGCCGUGGCGGCAGAUGUACGGAAUUGGGUUAAUGGACCUAGCCGUGAUGAUUUCACAAGCUCUGAUAUGAGCCUCAACGCAGUGAACGGAUGUUUCUGCCUGGAACGACUGGUCCACGGAUGUGGCCGAGAUCUCACUCCACAAGCGUGUGACAAAUUUCUACACGAAGUCCUACCUAUUGUGAACACAUAUCAAUUGCCGACAAAGGUCAAAAAGCGCCUGAGGCUGCUGGAUCUGCAUCCGUGCUUUCGUCGCAUCGAGCAGGAGUAUCAGUACGUGCCCAAUGCCGAGCUCUCCACGUGCUUCGUGCUGAAGGCGAAUCGGGACUUUCGCCUGGCGUUACCAACGUCAAACGACUCUGCGCAAGCCUCCCACACGGUUCUCAUUAACGACGCGGCAAUUGAGCAGAAAGUCAGUGUUGGCUACAACUUCAAGAUCUCCCCUGAGACUGCCAGCCUGUUCUCGGCCAUGCUCUCCAAUGACAUGGAGUUAUCAAUUGGACAGCGGCACGAUUUGGCCGAGAUCCAUCGCCUCUUGCGGCAGGCAAAGCAAUCCUUUGAAGACCCCGCCAGAGUCUUGCCAUUCCGCAGGAGUAUACAUUACGUGGUCUACAACAUGGAUAUCUUUGUCAAUCUAAGAUCGAAAAUAUGUAAAGCAAUUAACAGAAGCUAUCACUAAUAGACAGAUUAGACAUUUAGGAUUGUUGUUGUCUUUGCAAGUAGAACGAUUGAGGAGACCUUACU